ACAAUGUUUGUCAAUUCCUCUAUACUCCCUGGGAUAGCCAAGUCCUCCAAGGAUGACCACACGAAGGUGGAUGCUGAGGCCAUCAUGGAAAAUAUCAGCAUUGUCCUCUUCACUCUGACUGUUGUGUUUGGGAUCACAGGGAACUCUUUGGUGAUCUGGGUGGCUGGAUUCAAACUCAAGCCAAAGGUUACCAAUGUGUGGCUGGUGAAUCUGGCCAUAGCCGACCUCGUCUUCAGCGUGACAAGAAUGUUUUCCCUGAUAAAGAAGCUCUUCUACAACUACUGGCCCUUUGGAUUGUUCGUCUGCAAGUUCAACGGCUUCUUUAAAUACGCCAACAUGUUCUGCUCUGUCUUCCUGCUGGCUAUCAUCAGUCUGGACAGAAUGCUCUGCAUCUGGAAGCCUGUCUUUACAAAGCGACGGCGCACCCUGUGUGCUGCCAGGGUGGUGGCACUUUGUGUCUGGAUCUCAGCGGUCCUCUUCAGUAGUCCCUACUUCAUCUACCGCCAAGUAUACAUGAAGAACAACCUGAGCAAAUGUUCCAUGGAGGUGAAAGAGGUGAAGGAGGGGACCAGCUCCAUCAAAUAUUUUCUGUAUUUAAAUCGGUUCCUGUGUGGCUUCAUUUUCCCCUUCAUGGUCAUUCUUAUCUGUUACAUCAUGGCUGGCAUUGGCAUCCGACGCACACGCCUUUCAGGGAAGUCACGGCCCCUGCGUAUAUUGGCAUCCCUGGUCAUAGCCUUCUUCCUGUGCUGGGGUCCCUACCAUUGUCUGUUAAUUGUGAAGAUGGUGGACAAAAAAAAUGCAGUGUUGAAAGUCUGGCAGCCUUUGGCGAAUGGUUUUGCAUAUUUUAACAGCUGCGUGAACCCGCUGUUGUACUUCUUUAUGGGGCUGAAUGUGAGAGGCCAGUUCAGACAGAGUCUGAUGGGAAUUUACAAGAAAGCUUUGGCUGAUGAUGUUGAAGGACAGACGACUCAGUCGAACGAGCGAUCUCUGGACGAAAGCAGUUCAUCAAAAUACAAUGCUGCUGUGGUGGCAGAAAGAACUGAAGUCCUUUAGUUGCCAAGCUUUGGCUUCUACAUGAGCCAUGUCAUUUAGAGUGAUACUGAACCAAUGAACUGAAUUAAAAUAAGUCAAUAUGUUAAAUUGUCUUUGUGAAUCUAUGAGAAGAGCUACAGAUUUAUUCCUGGAAUAUGUAUGACCAUGAGUGCAUUACCAUUUUGUAUUGUUAAAUGGCUCAAAUCAUUUUAAAAAGCACAUUUUUUGUAAGCCAAAUCCAAAAUGUACUCUUUAAUUCAAAUUAGUAUAUAGUAUAUAGCAUAUAUAACAUAUGGAUAAAAAAGAUAUUCUUUGUCAAAACUACCAACGGGUACAUAAAAUAUACUGACAAGACAAAGAUUUUGCAAGGAUUGUUUUUGAACUUGGAUGCAAAAUUUCCUCUCAAAGGUCUGUGAGUUAUCUUGGUUCUUGUGAUCUAAGUCACAGAGGAAAAGUGGAACUGUUAAGUCUGGAGGAAUAGGAAUAAAAAAGACUUAGGGAAGUAAAACUAUUACAGGAAAGCCAGUAAUAGUCAUGAUUCUGUCUGUUUUUAAAGAGGUCAAAGCCAGCAGAUGAACUGAAACUGUACUGAGUGUCUGUUGCCUCUCAACAGAACACACACUUUUGAAGGGCAUGUUUUCAGUUUAACUCUAUGCAUUAAAGUGUUUCAGUUAUUAUUUACCUCAUUCUAACUUUAGCUUAGAAAUACAAGGGAUGGAAGAUUCUCAUAAACAACCAAAUGGAAGCAAGAAUCUUAUGAUCCACCCCAAACAGCAAGCUUAUAGAGCAGAAUUUAAAGUGCAGAGUUCUGACGCAUCACUUGGAGAUGAAGCUGAAUGUUUGUCUUAAUUUUUCAAGUUGCAUGACAACAGUUUUAUAUUUUUCUGCUCUGCUUUUCAAUGCUGUGCUUUUUAAUGCUUUAACUUAUUCAAUCGUCAAAAUCAUUCAAUUGUUUAAACUAAA